AUGGCUUCAUCCUUGUCGCUCAGCCCAUCCUUGUCCCUCAGCCGUCCAAUUGAUCGGAAAUGGUGUGCCGGAUUUUCAAAUUAUCCGAUUGCAGGAAAAUUGACGGCUGGAUCUUGUUCUUCCGCCGAAAUUGGUAGGAAUAGGUUUAACUCGUCAUUUUAUCCCAAAAGCAUAAGUACGUUGGCCGAGCCUAUAUUAUCUCCGACUGUAUCGAUACAUAACCCAUCAUCGUCCUCGUCAUCUCCUUGUCUUAUGCUACAGCCUGCCUUUGACGUCGACGUUAGCGGCGCCGCAAGCAUGAGCUACAAGUUGUACCGCCUUGCUGACAACAAAAUUAUAACCCUAAGUACCGGAAAAAGCAACAAAGAAAGAGAAGGAUUAACCAUGUGGCUUAGGGGAUCUUCACACGGCUGGCUAGCUUUGAUGUGCCCCCGAAGCCGCGAUUUGUCUCUAUAUAAUCCCGUCUCCCACAAAGUCAUCCUCACGUGCUCCCCUGGGCCGAAUUGCCGGGCCGUGAUGAUUUAUAAUAACAUGCGUGGGCUGGCUUUCUGCUGCCCUGGGCUCAGCAAGGAGUGGACCCGCAUCGGAGAUCACCACUGGUUCGAUGAAGAUUUGGGCAGGGCCCACUCUGAUGGCAGCUACAUGGAUUGUGUCUACUCCCCAAGACACAAAGCAUUGUUUAGCCUCACGCAACACGGGGUGUUGGAUUCUUGGGAUCUUCGGGACCCUCAGUCACCGAGGGCCGUGAAGAUAGGCGAGGAUCUCCUCGUGGUGACUCAGUACGUGGUUCACUCAUUUGAAUCUGAUGGAUUUUAUGUUGACAACAGAGACACAGAUGACUGGACCUACCUACGAGGACUUCUAGGUGUGACUAUUGAUUUUGAUGUUCGUAAAUAUGACCCUGAGGAUAUGGAUGUUAAGUACGUGGAGGGUUCGUCUUUGGGUGGUUGGGCUCUUUUUGUCGGCUUCCACAGCGAUGCGGUCGCAUUGCCAGCAGCCGAGUUCCCGGAGCUCAACCCCAAUUCCAUUUACUUCACGGAUGCACAAGAAGAUUGCAAGAUUGAGUAUUACCCAAUUGGUGGCCAUGACAUUGGCAUUUUCAAUUAUGAGAACAAGACUGUGUUGCCAUGCUAUUAUCCAUGUGAUGCUAAGAAUCUGAGAAAGACUUUCCACCGCCUAUGUGGUUCUUCCCAAGUCGUGAAUGAUGCCAUAUAUACUGAUUAG